AUGGUACCUUCACCCUAUGGAGCCGUCUCUGGACCUCCAAUAAAGGUUCGUCCAGGAGAUCCAAGAUUGGGAGGUGUUCUCUGUGGGAGAUGUAGAGGUUCUGGAAUCGUACACUUUCUUUUGGAUGAAGAGAUGUGUCCUGUUUGCAGUGGGUUAGGACGAAUAGUGAACCAACCAAAUGGUCCUCCUCCUAUGCCUCCACUUCCAGGUCAAUUUCCACAACAACAGCCUUAUCAACAGCCUUAUCAACAACAACCAUAUCAACAUCAACAGCAACAAGGGUACUACCAAUCUCCACAACAAAACCAUUAUGGUGACUACAAACGAUAA